CUGCAUGUUAGAGUUUGACAUGAUAAAUUACAGUCUAACUUCAAAAUGCAGCCUCCAGAACUAUUAGGCGAUAUCAUAAUGUCUCUUAUCUUUCAUGUUGAUAAUGAUAUGAACGAUAGUCCUGGAACUGCAUUAUGAUCUGGUAGAAUAACACCAGCACGGAGAUAUCAGAUACUUCAUAUGCAGCAGAGGUCGACCAAGGACUCGGCUGUUAAUGGCAUUUUCCCCCAUGAAGCGUGGUACUUAAACUCUCCACCAUCAAUACGCAAACUGACUACUUGAAUAACUGACAUCCAGAAGUUAAAGAUUCAGCAUAGCUGAUUUACUUCACACCAUUUUGGCAGUGCUGGCUUGUGUAUUGUAAAGCAAACUAAAAAUUAAAUAUAUAAUCAGUAACUUAAUGGCUGUUUAAUUCUUUAUAUAAGCGGAGUGUAUUUUUCUUUUGUGUGCCUGUAUGAAUGGAGUCGGGUGGGUGUCAAGUAAAUUCUGAGGUCAUACUUGCUGUGUAUGUGCUUGUUCUGUCAUCUGUGUGUGUUUGGCGAAGGCCAGCAGGGCAGGGCACAAGGCAUGGCGUUGUAUCGUGACCAGCAGCCCCAGUUACUUGGAACAAAAGGGCUGUUGUUGAGAGAUCAUGUGACUGUGUGUGUUCCACCCUUGUCAUGUGAUGUGAGCUCAGGGCAGGGUCUGAGAAGUGCUGAGUCGCUCUGAGAGGUUCCUUCCACCCAGGGAGCAGGCAGAAAACGAGCAUGCACACAGGAAGAGGAGAGUGCCGGUCGGGUGGAUGGAUGUCAGGACAGAGAGGAAUACGGAGACAUCUUCAGAGACGCAGAGAGAUUCAGAAUAACUUCUGUUGCUUUCUCUACAGCAAGAAAACAUCACAUCCUUCUUUCACUCUCCUCGAUUCUCUUUUUCUCGAUUUCAGUAAAGAUGCAACGCAGAGUUUUGCAUCGGCUCUGCGGCGAGCCCACCAGGCAGAGCAGCUGUGGCAAAUUGCAGACGAGCAUGAGUCAUGACCUCAGUGGUGCUGGUUGACACUGGUGGGACAGUGGUGGAGUAUGUCACAGCUGAAGAGGACCCAGAGCAGGAGGAGGGAGAGUGUGAGGUGGACUUGGAGCUGGAGGGAGAGGUGGAGGGUGAGUGUGAAGCCGAGGAGGCCUAUGAAGAGGAAAAGGAGGAGGCUCAGGACUACCCAGCAGUCAUAGUGGAAGAGGUUCCUAGUGCCAGCCUGGCUGAGGAGCAGAAUUACUCAGCCCAAGUGUUGUUGUAUGGUGAUGAGGCCUAUAUCAUGCAGGAAGUGGGAAACGAACAGGAAGUGGAGACGGAUCGGGACCCAGUGGAGGCUUCUGUUCACGGCACCAAUGUCCACUGCUCUGACAAAACAAUUGAGGCUGCAGAGGCUCUGCUACGCAUGGAUUCGCCCUCCAGCCUCAAAGAAGACCACAGCCCAGAAACGUUCCUUCCACAAAGUGGAGCAACACAAGACUUCCUCCACGCUGCCAUGCGGCCUGACAUGAUCACAGAGUCCGAGGUGGAGAUAUCAACAGAGGAAUGUUGUGAGGAGGAGGAUGAGGAUAUGGCUACGGUUAUGGACGAUCCGGAGCCAGAACCUGACCACGAGCCAGUCAGGAAGAAGCGAGCUGGACGGAAGCCGAAGACGCAUCAGUCAGCCAUUUCCAACGGCUCACCGGACGUCGGCAUCAAGAAGAAACCAAGAGAAGGAAAAGGUAUCCGAGCAGGGAGCACCACCUACCUUUGGGAAUUCCUGCUGGACCUCCUCCAGGACAAAAACACCUGUCCCAGAUACAUAAAGUGGACCCAGAGGGAGAAGGGCAUCUUCAAGCUGGUUGACUCAAAGGCCGUGUCCAAGCUGUGGGGCAAGCACAAGAACAAACCAGACAUGAACUAUGAGACGAUGGGGCGGGCACUCAGAUAUUACUACCAGCGCGGCAUCCUCGCCAAGGUGGAGGGCCAGCGGCUGGUUUACCAGUUCAAAGAGAUGCCCAAAAACAUUGUCAUCAUUGACGACGAUAAGGCGGAGAUUCCUGCUCCAGAGGACCUGAUCGGCUCGGACACAGCGGCGUCCUACGAGCGCGUGCCUCCGCCGUCAGACAUGCUGCUCCACGCCACCGAGCUGUCAUCCUCCAAGAAGCCCAACAUCUUGCGGGGCGCUAACAAAACCAACGUCGUCCACACUCCAGUGGCCACAGGCAGCAAGCCAGCAGCAGGAGGAGCGGUGACGGCGGGAAGAAUAGUGACGGUCUCAGCGGCGUCGGACGGGAACCAGAAACAGCAGUCCCACGCGGCAAUCAUCCCGAACGCCACAGGGGCGAGGACGGUCCGGGUGGCUAUGCAGGUGCCAGUAGUCAUGACAACAUCACUGGGUCAGAAGAUCUCCACAGUCGCCAUGCAGCAGCCCGCGGGAACAACAGCAGCAGCCGGCCAAACCACUCUGCUCACCAACACCUCGGCUAUCGGUGCCGCUGCCGGAAACGCCAACUCCCAGCAGAAGGUCGUGAUCCAGACCAUCCCCACCAUGGUGCCAGCCACUGCGGAGAAUGGAGACAAGAUCACUGUCCAGCUUGCCAAGAUCAUCACCAUCCCAGCCCACCAGCUGGCUCAGUGUCAGAUCCAGACCUCCACGGGCACAAACAAGCCCGGUGUCGGGGCCUCGCCGGCGGGCAUCAGCCUCCUCGGGAGCCCCCUGACUGUCCGCGCCCUCACGCCCGUCAACGUCGCGCCAGGAACGCAAGUGAUGAGACUCACCGUGCCGACGCAGGCGCAGCAACAGACUCUGGUGGUUUCGCAGCCGGGCAGCGGGGCGGGUGUGGUGACGGUGUCUGCGGCCAACCAGGCGGUGGCGGCGCAGCCUCGUAUCAUUAGCGGUGUCAUCAAUGGCUCAGAGCUGGUCAUAGGAGGUGGAGCGAUGGAGAAGCUGAAGGCCGCCGGCGUCCAGGUACAGGCCGUGCAGGUGCCGAUCCAGCAGAAUCAGGCGAAUCCAAAAAUGGCCCAGAGCGUCAAAUCGGAGCCAAUGGACUCGGCCGACGUGGCGAUGAAGACAGAAGAGCCCGAGUGUUGAAAUGCGUCCGUGUCUCCUCUGCCAGAGCGUGCUCGUUUGUACAUUUCUGAAGUCAUUUCUACUUUUCUUCGUAAUAACCAGCAGCAGUCUGAGACUUUAAAGAAGCCCAGAAGUCCCCCCACCUUUUUUUUGUGUGUGUCUUUUCUUCCUGAGCCCGUCUUCACAUCUUCCAUGUUGCUGCCUAGAACUAAUCCGGACUGUCUCAGAGCCACACAGAAACCUCUCCAACAUAGGAAAACAGACUGGAAGGAAAGGGAUGUGUUGGGAAAAGGGACCAACUUUUGAUCACUACAGUUUAUGCUUUGGAAAUCUUUCACCGUCACUGACUUGAAAUCUGGGGGAAAAAGCGAAACACUACAAACACAAAUGAAAGCAAAUAAUCAAAAAGCAAAAUGUGAACCGUCACAUUCAAGAGGACCCGGAGGAUGGGGCUGGGGUGUAAUGCAGCUUUUGUAGAGACAAACGUUAAAACCAGCAAUUAGUUUUUUUUAUUAAUAUUAUUAUGAUAUCACUGUGCCGAUCAAGUGUAGGUGGUGCUAUGAGAGUGAGAGGAAGAGGCGUUCCCACGAGGAGCGAUAUCAGACGGAACACGGUCAUGUAUGUACAUAAAUAUAAAUAUGUCUGCUAUACAGUUUACGGAGCUAAUGUUAACAGAACAGCCUUAGAUUUUAAUUUUCUUCUUCAUGUGAUGUCUGAACGUUAAGCUGUUGUUUUGUUUUCUUUGUGUUUUGAUACCUUGUACCAAGCACAGUAUUAUUGAAACUAGGGAAACUAAUUUUUCUUUCUACUGGUUCUUCCGCCUCCAUUUGGCUGUUUUAACGCUCACACAGGUUGAAUCUGACAGGCCAGACUGCUCACAGCACAUCUGAGGAUGUGGCUAGAAAGGAUCUUGGCUGCUCCUUUUCUUUUAAUUUUGGAACAUUUUUGUGACCCUGCAGUCAGGCUGCAUGCAAAAAAACGCGACUGAGCCGAUGCAUGCUGCCACAUCUGAAAAUAGGAAUGUCUGUAGAAGCAAGAAAGAAAUUAAUCAAGUUUAUGCAAAGAUGGCUCACUGUGGAUCCCAGGUCACUUUACUUCCAGCUUAAAACGAGGCUCCUGCAUUUCAUUUAUUUUAAUCUGAAAAGAGGGAAGAAGAAGAAGAGACAGAGAAGUUUGUGUUCAGACUGAACUGUUUGUAUAUUCAACAUUUGAAGUAUAUUCUAUUUUGUUGUACUCUUGUUUCAAAGUGUAUUAAAGUAGAUUUUACUGAAAUAUAAAGACAUUUGAAACCUGA